AUGAAGAACUCCAUAAAAGAAGAAUUUGUGUCUAAGGUCUGCUACGACCUGAGCCGCUGCUGGCAAUCAGUGGAGACUCCCCACUACUCGAAUGUUGUCUACCGCCUGAUGACAUACAAUCUGUUGGCCCCGGAUAUGGUAGUGAAGCACAAGUCGCACUAUGGGGGCAUCGAAGAGCAGCAUCUGAAUUGGGGACAUCGUCUGAACAAGCUCACGCAAGAGGUGCAAGUCCUCAAUCCGGACAUCCUCUGUCUGCAGGAGAUGCAGUGCAGUCAUCUGCCGCAGAUCAUGCGACGCUUCAAGGCGACCACCAUGCGGAGCUACAAUUACAUAUUCCAGCAAAAGUUGGAGAGCGAAUCCGAUGGUAUAGCCAUCAUCUACGAUAUGAAAAAGCUCGAGCUGAUCGGCCAUCGGGCCUUGGGGGCCAAAUCCAGGAGCCCAACAAGCCUGAUCGUGUGCAGUGCCCACCUACUGCAGGGCACUCCCCUGGGUACGGAUGGGCGCCCAGACAUUGUGCAACGUCUGCGCAGCGAACUACUCCAAUAUAGCCACGACUACGAGAACAACAGCUGCAUUCCAAUCAUCCUCGGAGGAGACUUCAACUUUUCGAGCGGCACCAAACCCUUCCGCACCCUGACGACGCCCGCCGUCUAUUCAGCCUGUUCCAAGCAGUUGGUGCCCGUCUACAGCACUGCCACCAAGCAGGUGUCCGCCUACGACUCGAAGCAGGGCUGGAUUGAUGCCGAUCAUAUUUUCUACUCGAAGGGCUGUCCGCGCUACAAUAUACGUGUUUGCAGCUACUACCUGCUGCCACGCAUCUGCUUGGAGCAACUACCCAACCAUUUCCUCGGCUCAGACCACUACUCUCUGGCCGUCAAUUUCACUUUCAGUGUUGGGGCCCAGUGUCCGACUAAUUACAACCCGGCGGACUUCUACGUUCAGGUCCUGGCCGUUGUACCAGGCCGCGAGGCUGAGUCCAGAGAGAGGAUUGCCAAGAUAUGCGAUAACUUUGCCGUCAGCAAAGUGGCCCGGGAAAUGGAGCAGCUGCUGGCCACCAAGAAACUCGAGCAGCCCCUGGAGCAGCCCGAAAAUGGUUAUACGUACAAGGCCACCUGGUUUAUGCAGUUCCGGGCAGUGCUCUGGCGUUCCUGGCUAUCCGUGCUGAAGGAACCGUUGCUGGUCAAAGUACGACUCAUUCAGACAACGAUGGUGGCCAUCCUGAUUGGCCUGAUCUUUCUGGGCCAGCAGCUUACGCAGGUGGGCGUAAUGAACAUCAAUGGGGCCAUCUUCCUGUUCCUCACCAACAUGACCUUCCAGAAUGUUUUCGCCACUAUCAAUGUUUUCACAUCGGAGCUGCCGGUAUUUAUGAGAGAAGCCCGAAGUCGUCUGUACAGAUGUGACACGUACUUCUUGGGCAAGACCAUAGCAGAGCUGCCGUUGUUCCUCACCGUUCCCUUGGUAUUCACUGCAAUUGCCUAUCCAAUGAUUGGACUCAGGCCGGGCGUGAUGCACUUCUUCAACUGCCUGGCACUGGUCACAUUGGUGGCCAAUGUGUCGACAUCGUUCGGAUAUCUGAUAUCCUGUGCCAGCUCCUCCACCUCGAUGGCCCUGUCGGUGGGCCCACCAGUCAUUAUCCCGUUCCUGCUGUUCGGUGGGUUCUUUUUGAAUUCCGGGUCGGUGCCCGUCUAUCUGAAGUGGCUGUCGUAUCUGUCCUGGUUCCGGUACGCCAACGAGGGGCUGCUCAUCAACCAGUGGGCGGAUGUGGAGGCAGGUGAAAUCAGUUGCACCUCCUCGAACACGACGUGCCCCAGCUCCGGCAAGGUCAUCCUAGAGACCCUAAACUUCUCGGCUGAGGAUUUGCCCCUGGAUUACGUGGGACUGGGCAUCUUAAUUGUUAGCUUUAGGGUAUUGGCUUAUCUGGCACUGAGACUCAGGGCCAGACGCAAGGAGUAGAGUCUGCCGAAGAUCAAUCAUAGUUAAUGCGGUUUUUUGUAUGAGUACUCGUACGUGUCGUGUGUG